CAGCGCUCACCACUACCGGGAGAUUGGGAGAGAUGGGAGAGAGGGAGAGAUUUACAGGAGGGCUGCAGAGUGAGUGAACAGGUUCCAGCAUCGUCGCAUCCAGGGUGGACCCGACCCACUGAUUGCAGGAUGCAUGGAGUUUAAGCAUCGCCUGCUCUUUGAGCUUCUCCUUCACCUUCGAAAAUGAAUAGUGCAUGUCGGUCCGUGUAUGAAUGCACACUUAUCUGUUUGUGAAACCAAGACGCUGUUGGCAGCAAAGUGCGGUUGAACUCUAUCACCACUGACACCUGUCAAUCAGCUAACAAGAAGAGGAGAGAAGAAACAAAACCAGGGAUAGAGAAGAAAAGAAGGCCAAGCAUCUUUCAGGAUGUGAGUAAGCACAAAGCUGAUCUUUACCUUCACAAAAAGCAUUGGAGGAGCAGUUGCUUCAAAGAUGGGCCUGUGUGUUGGUCUGCUACCUCUACUGCUGCUACUUCCCAUCCUGCUCUCUGCUCAGCUCACCACUGUGUCUGAACUUGAGGACACGUCCAGCUUGGAGUUCACCCCAACUCCUUGUCUUACUGACCCAAAUACUGUAGCAGGGAAGAACUCGUCUUCCAGUGCUCGACCCACCAGUCCGGCUCCAGUAAAAGCGAGCACGGAGGAGGACCAGUCUGCCGCGGAGAGCUACCUCUACACUGGCAAUUCGUCUUCUUUGGCUGCCGCUACCUGCACACGGAGUUUCCAGCUGCCUGUUCGACUGGGAUCUCCGCCUAGAGACCUUCUCUCUCUCUUGCACCAAGCCAUAGCGUCUCUGACCAAUGCUGCCAACUUUCUCAACCUGAUAUUCCAAGCUAGUGAGCUGAGAGAAACGAGUGUACGAGAGGAUAUCGAGUGGUACCAUGCACUGGUGCGGGCUAUGCUUGAAGGGGACAGGCCGGGCCUGGUCAGACGAGCUUUUCUAACAUUCGACGCCGACCCCACGAUCCAACAGCCCCAACUGGUGCUCCGUGCCUCCAAAGGCACAACCCAGGACAUUCUUCUGCAGGACCUGACGUCUGCCUGGAGCAGCUUCCAUCCUCCUGCACCUGACCAAAGCUGGUUCGAUAUGUUUAAGUCUAGCUCUCCACCCCUCCAUGCCUUGUCGAAACGGGUUCUUCUAAAUGACCUAAGCACCCUAGACACUCCCAAGUGGGCACGUGGGGAUAGUUAUGUGAUCAAUAGCAGUGGGGUUCAGUGGGGCGAAGCCCCUUUCCUUGAGUGCAUUGAUGGCCGUUUUUUGCCAGGGUGGUUACUCAGUCUCUCAAUGCCAUUUUAUGGGUUGAAGCCAGACCUCAACCCAGAGUUCAGGGGUGUUAUCCGUGUCGACUUCAACAUCCAGGGAUUCAAUGUGGAUCAGUGUGCCAGUGGAGACUUCUGGUUUGCAAACACACAUCAAUGUAAUCGGACCAGCAUGGAGUGUGAAUCCAUCCCGCAACAGGGCUUCCGGAUGGGCCAGUACUGCUGCCGAUGUAAAAAGGGCUACUACAGUCCAAAUCCAGACACAGAAAACAAAAGGAACAACCGUUUGAAUAGUACCCGAGCUUGUUACCCAGAAGUCCCUGUGUGUCUGCCCUGUUGGCCCGGCUGUGAUGAGUGCGAGGAUGGAGCCCCGUGUUGGGUGCAGGAAGACUGGCUUCUGAGGACGGGUGUCCUGGCCGUGCAGGGCCUUUUCAUGCUCCUUGUGCUUAUCAGCAUGCUGGUGGCAUAUCAGUGCAGGAGAACCAAGCGGAUCCGAUCGUCGGGGCUUUUGCUGCUGGAGAUGAUCCUGUGUGGCUCUCUGUUGCUUUACUUCCCAGUCUUCAUUUUAUACUUCAAACCCAGCACUUUCCGGUGUAUUCUGCUCCGCUGGGUCCGUCUGCUUGGUUUCGCCAUUGUUUAUGGAACUGUGACGCUCAAGAUGUACCGGGUUCUGAAGGUGUUUCUGUCGCGUACGGCCCAGAGAGUGCCAUACAUCACUACCACAGGUGUGCUGAGGAUGCUGGGAGUUAUAGUGCUUACUGUCAGCUGGUUCCUGUGUGCGUGGACCGUGGGCGUCCUUCAGAAUCGAGACAGGAAUGUUCCACUGCUGAUCAUUUCCACCACCUCAGAAGGACAAGGCUUCAAUGUCUGCGACCUGGACCGGUGGGACUACAUGAUGGCUGUGGCGGAGCUGUUAUUUCUGUGCUGGGGCAGUUUCCUGUGCAGUGCAGUGAAGACGGUACCUUCAGCAUUUCACGAACCACGUUACAUGAGCAUCGCAAUCCACAAUGAGCUACUGCUCUCCUCCGCGUUCCAUCUUUUCAGAUUUGCAAGACCAUCAAUUCAUCCCGACUGGAUGCUCUUGCUGUUCUUCACUCACACGCAUGUCACAAUUACUGUAACGCUCGGCCUGCUUUUUGUACCCAAGUUUCUCCACAUGUCUCGGCCCGGCCGAGAGGAAAUAGCUGCAGAAGUAUAUGAGGAGGAGGUGGACUUGCGACGCUCGUGUUCUUACCUCAACAGUAGUGUCAACUCUAACUGCUGGAGUGACCACAGCCUGGACCCUGAUGACAUUCGGGAUGAGCUGAAGAAACUGUAUUCUCAGCUGGAAGUCCACAAGACCAAGAGGAUGGCAAACAGCAAUCCCCACCUUCCGAAGAAGCGCAGUUCUCGCCUCAGCAUUGGACGGUCCCUUAUAAAACGGAUCAGUGAGAUCCCAGAAAGUUUAAGCAGGCAAUGCAGUCGUGAAGAUAAGGAUGUCAAUGCUGCAAUAGGAAGUAUAACACGAUCAGGAUCUUAUUACAAAAGCCAUCAGACCACAAGCAUUAACAAGAUGAAUGAAACUUUAAUGCAGCCCUCUCCAAAGAUGCGGAAGUCCCAUAGUGCCUAUGAUUGUACCCCAGAAAGGGAGGUCUCCCUAUUAAACUCCUCCAUAAGUAGCAAAGAGAAAAGGGUUUCACUGCAUUCCGACUCAGGAUCCAUCAACGCAACAUUGCUGGUCUGCAAGUCUGCCAGUGCCCACAAUCUAUCGGUAGACACUAACCUUCUACUUCCAGAGCCCAGCAGGUUUCAAAAGUCACUUAGUGUCAUAGAACGCAAUGACCAUCGCUCUGUGACUCCUUGUAGAAGCACUGGAAAUGUGUCGCUUGCUGGCAAAGCUGCCCCAGCAGAUAAACCCCAGCUAACUGUGGAUGUUGAUAUAAAGAGGCAGACUUCAAGUGCCUUGCUCUCAGAGUCAUUUGACAAGGCCGAGGUCUGCCCGUGGGAGGUUCCAGAGGAGCUCCCUGCAAACAAGAACCAAAAACAUGUCACAUAUUCCAUUUCGAAACAAGAAGAACCCAAAUCACCUGGUGCUACCUCGUCACCAACGAUGUUAUAUGUUUGUCCAUGGGAAUUCUUGCCACCUCCUACUCCUCCUGCAACAGAAACUGGGAAUGGUAUUCAGUCAGAUGUUGAUUCCACAAAACCCAAGCCUCUGAUCUCCUGUAGCGCUCCAGGGUCACCACACACAAUCUCCGGCCAGCCGAAGGACUUUCAGUUUUUCUCUUUCCGCUCCACUACCCAAAGUCUCCUUGCAGCAAAAGGCAUUGGAGAAGUUGGAAGAAGUAUGAGCGGAGAGAAAAGCCUACAAGAAAGUAAUGUUAGGGAGGGAACACUACAGAAAUCUUUGUCUACAUCCAUGAGAUUGUACCCAGGCAGUGCAGCUUCAGACAAGCGUACCCCUCAGACACACAGACGGGCUAUGACUACCGUAGGCACAAAACCUUGCCUUGUCAAACAAACAGCAAUACGGUUGCCAUCUACUGAUUCUCCUGAAAGGAGUCCCAAACAUUCUGCUCCAGUUCACAUCUGUCCAUGGGAGUCAGAGGAGGUGGUCUUGGAGGUCAGGAAGCAGAAUUUGAAUGACAGUGUAUUACAAAGACAAUAUAGUGACAAGCAAGUACUAUCUGCGACAGUAAGUAAUGAUGUCUUCAAACUGCCUGAGUUUCAACUGAAAUCAUUAUUGGCUGUUCCUAAUACAGAAGUGUGUCCAUGGGAUGUCCCAAAACCUUUUCAUCAAACCAGCAUUUCUGAAGUCUGUCCUUGGGAGGUUGUGGAAGUAGAGCAAUUGCAAACCAAGAGCAUACAUACUGAUGUCAGUCCUUGGGAAACAGAUGGUGAGCCAUCAAGAGUCACUGAAGACAAUAUAUAUAAUACCAAUGUUGAAGUCCCUAUGUCUGAAGACACCCAGAAGCAGGUAAAUGUGAAGCCUGAAGCAUGCUCUUCUUAUGUACUAGACACAAAUAUCUCUCAGGUUAGACAGGGAUCCAUCAAAACCUCUAGUGACUCAAUAAAACAUGGUGAAAGGGUAAUUUAUGUUAAUGCAAGACAAAGUUCAGUAGACCAAGAGAUGCAGAGAGAUGCAGGUUCAGAAGAACCAAGUUAUAUACUGAAACGAGAUGAAAGUGAUUUUCCUGAACCACCCCCACCUGUAACUGAAGUAAACCCUUGGGAGUCUGAGCCAAAUACAAAAGACGCUACAAGACAGUCUUUAAAAGAGACCAUGCCUAAGAAAGCAACCAUUUGUCCGUGGGAAGCAGAGGAUUCUGGGAGGUCAGAAGAGAAGGUGGGAGCUACAAACAAGGGGUCAGUUCAUGUAAAUGUGUGUCCAUGGGAAACAAGUGAGUCUGUGAAGACCACACAGAAACAAGAAAGUGUCUGUGGAGAUGUCUGUCCAUGGGAGACAAAAGAAUCAGUCAAUACCUUACAGAAGCAAGAAGGUGUUCGUGAAAAUGUUUGUCCUUGGGAAACAGAAGACAUAACGAAGACCAUGCAGAAACAAGAAAGGAUCCAUCCAGAUGUCUGUCCAUGGGAGACAGGUGAGCCAGCAAAGACAAUGCAGAAACAAGGAAGUGUCCAUGCAGAUGUUUGUCCUUGGGAGACAGGAGAGAAAGCAAAGACAAUGCAGAAACAAGAAAGUGUCCAUGCAGAUGUUUGUCCUUGGGAGACAGGAGAGCCAACGAAGACAAUGCAGAGACAAGAAAGUGUCCAUGCAGAUGUUUGUCCAUGGGAGACAGGUGAACCAGUCAAGACCUUGCAGAAGCAAGAAAGUGUCCAUGCAGAUGUUUGUCCAUGGGAGACAAGUGAGCCAGUCAAGACCCUGCAAAAGCAAGAAAGUGUCCAUGCAGAUGUUUGUCCUUGGGAGACAGGAGAGCCAGCAAAGACAAUGCAGAAACAAGAAAAUGUCCAUGCAGAUGUUUGUCCAUGGGAAACAGGUGAGCCAGUCAAGACCUUGCAGAAGCAAGAAAGUGUCCAUGCAGAUGUUUGUCCAUGGGAGACAAGUGAGCCAGUCAAGACCCUGCAAAAGCAAGAAAGUGUCCAUGCAGAUGUUUGUCCAUGGGAGACAAGUGAGCCAGUCAAGACCCUGCAAAAGCAAGAAAGUGUCCAUGCAGAUGUUUGUCCAUGGGAGACAAGUGAGCCAGUCAAGACCCUGCAAAAGCAAGAAAGUGUCCAGGCAGAUGUUUGUCCUUGGGAAACAGGAGAGACAACAAAGGCUUUGCAGAAACAAGAUAGUGUUCUUGCAGAUGUCUGUCCAUGGGAUACAGGUGAGCCAGUGAAGACCCUCCAGAAACAAGAAAGUGUCUACUCAGAUGCCUGUCCGUGGGAGGCAAAACAAUCACCCAAACAAUCUGUGCCACAAGACUGCACUCAUGCCAUCUCCUCAAAAAGGCAAGACAGUGCUCAAGAAUCUGUCUGUCCCAGGGAAAAUGAUAUGGGAACACCACCAGCAACAGAAAGCAGCACAAGUCAAAAUGCCCCAGAUAUAAGUGAGAUACACCCUUCAGACACAGGCACACAGACAGCAGAAGAGAUGAGAGUUAACCCUCCUCUGGCUCGGCGUGAUGCACUGUGCCCUUGGGAUAUGGGAGGGGGCAGACAAGAAUCUAUAACAGUGCAUGAUCAUUUAGAUGUCUUCACUUGGGAGGAGGCGAUACCAGAGGAAGAUGAUGGUGAUGCAGAAACUGCUGCAGAGGCCUUCAUCUUCCCUCCAGACUUGUGAACUGCGAGGGCAGUAUCAUUGUGCUUUAUACAGCUUGAAAGACUCAUUGUGACAAAAUGGACCACUGGUCACACUUUUCAGCUUUAUGCAGAAUGUCCCUCUAAUGUCAUCAGCACACUUCACUGACCGUUAUUUAAGAAAGGAUUCCACCUAUGCCAAUGUUCUCCCUCUUCAGCUUAACAAACCAUAUCUGAAGACUGACUGCUAUUAAGACAGACUGCUCUCCUGUGCACAUUCCCUUUUGGCCUUACAUUAACACAAACACCCUGUUUAAUUUGGUAUUGUUUUGUGUGUAUUUGUGUUCAUAUGGCUAUGUAGAUUAUAUUGUCCGUAAAUCCUACGUCACCAACAUACCCUGGGUGGAACAUUUAGAAAGUCUGAUUUAACACAUUUUCAGUAAAAAAACACUGCACUAAUAUUACUAAGUAACUAAGUUAAUAGACGAGCUGUCCUGAUAUACACACCAAUGUUGCUAGUCUUAAAAGUUGUUCAUGUUUAACAGCUCUUUGGUCUACACAAAUGGUUUAA